CGGCCUGACUCUCCCAGCCUGAAGCCUCCUCCCAACCCAAGUCCGCCCUGACUCUCCCAGCUUGAAGCCUGCUCGCCCUCGGGUGUCCGGGCUGGACACAGGCGCCAGCGUCCCUCUGGAGAGAAGAGGUCGCCCGGCACCUCUCAGGACAGGCCCAAGUGGGAGUGGGACCCUCCUACCUUCCUGCUGCCUCGGCCCGCGGGGUGGGGGUUGGGAGAGAUGAAAGGAGGUGACCGAUCCCGAACCAUCACCUCUCCAUUAACCAGGGCCCGCAGCCCCGCCCCUCCCCGAGACAUCGAGGAGCCGGGGAGGUGUGAACGGCCUGCUUUGUGCCUCUGAAUCGAAGGCAAUUAGGCGCUGCUUAUCUGGGCAUUAGCCGUGUAUGCAAACCGGGCUCCCGCCCCCUCCUCCUGGGCUUAUAAACGCCGCCGCCUGGCGAGGCCCGAGGUGGAGCCUGCGCCUGCCCAGCCCCGCCUGGCCUUCCCUCCGGCCCACCUGGCCGCCAUGCGCCUCUCCUCCUCCCCACCUCGUGGCCGGCAGCAGCCCUCCAGCUUUGGCUCCGUGGACUGGCUCUCCCAGAGCAGCUGCUCAGGGCCAACCCACACCCCUAGGCCUGCCGACGUCUCCCCGGGGAGCCUCCCUGGCCCGGGCCAGACAUCCGGCGCCCGGGAGCCCCCUCAGGCCGUCAGCAUCAAGGAGGCCGGCAGGUCCUCAAAUCUGCCUGCGCCGGAGAGGAGCGUGGCCGGGUUGAGUAAGAAGCCAAAUAACUUGCGGGCCCCCCGUGUCCGCACGGCCUUCACCACGGAGCAGGUCCGCACCUUGGAGGGCGUCUUCCAGCACCACCAGUACCUGAGCCCUCUGGAGCGGAAGAGGCUGGCCAGGGAGAUGCAGCUCUCAGAGGUCCAGAUAAAAACCUGGUUUCAGAAUCGCCGGAUGAAACACAAACGGCAAAUGCAGGACCCCCAGCUGCACAGCCCCUUCUCGGGGUCUCUCCACGCGCCCCCAGCUUUCCACUCACCGUCUUCUGGCCUUGCCAAUGGCCUGCAGCUGCUAUGCCCUUGGGCACCCCUGCCCGGGCCCCAGGCUCUGAUGCUGCCCCCUGGCUCCUUCUGGGGUCUCUGCCAAGUGGAACAAGAGGGCCUGGCCUCUGCGGGGGCGUCCUGCUGCGGGCAGCCUCUGGCGUCCCACCCCCCUACCCCAGGAAGUGGCCUGCCUACGCUGGGACCAGCCCUGUCCACGGGGCCCCAGGGCCUGUGUGCUCUGCCACAGACAGGGGAUGCAUUUUGAGGAGGCGCCUCUGACUCCCACACUCGCGGUCUUGCUGAUUGCACCUGGCUCCUACCUGGAGGACUCAGCUGUUCUGUU